AUGAAUAUCGACAUUCGUUCACUGCCUCCAGAGUUUCAAUCAAGAUUAUUAGGGUUAGAGAGAGAACUACGUGAUGGUGAUAUUACCGAGAAAGGGUAUGAGAAGAAAAAGAAUGCCAUACUAGAAGAAUGUAGAAGGCAAUAUGCUUCACCUUCCUUCAGUAGCGGGGGUGAUCCAUCCUUUAAAAGUGGGAGCGGAUAUUAUAAUAAUAAUAGUCCGCGUGCUUCUUAUCAAAGCGUUCAGAGCACUGGGUAUAUCGAUCAAGGUAGUCAGUUUGUGCAGUCCGGUAGAAUGCCUCAGCGACCACCUCUGCCCCCUACAAAUCUCGCAUAUACAACUACUCCACAAAGGCCACCUUCUCAUAACCCUAAUAUGGUGCUGCAGAGGUCACAACAAACGGUUAGCCUAGAUAUAGAUAGAACCCGGAAUCCAAAUUCGGCACAUGUUCGAACACAGAGUGUGGAUCAAAUACACCGUUCUCAUCAGCUUCGUCAACAGCCUCACGCGUUAACAUCGUCUUCAUAUGGACCACAAGUUUUCAAUAAACAACCGAUUCAACCCCAUUAUCGACCUUUGUCCGGAGGUCCAACGGGCCAACAAAGACCACAUUUUUAUCCUACUGGUCAACAACAAUUUGUGUCAUAUGCCAGACCUAUACAACCAUCGUUCCAGAGUAGACCAACAAUGCCACAAAUUAGGCCGCCUGUUGGGGAGUUAAGUGGUAUGCCAAAUUCAUCUGGAGUGAUUAGUAAGGCUUACCCUGCAGUGUUAAAUGAGAAUGGAAGACAGAGCUUAGAUGUUAACGAUACUAUGCGUGAUUAUGAAAGGUUUCAAGAUGAUAAUGUUUCUAUUAGAUCAAACAUUAUGGGGAUUGUAAACCCCGACAUGCCGAGAUUUGGAGGGUUUACUCAACCUGUCGAUAACCCUGGAAGAAACGCAGGAAAUCGCAUGUCAUUAUACAAUAGUCGAGUGUUCUCUGAUACACAGGAAAAUUUAUCUACAUCGCUUGAUGUAAAUAUAUCAAAAUUGGCAGGAAAACAAUUUAUGCCAUUUGAACCGCGCGAUAUCCCAUUUGAAAACCUUGAUCCGUUAGAUCCAACAAGAUCUCUUGAUUCAUUCACAGAUAUAGCAUCAAUCUUACGGUAUCGUGGUAAAACUACACCAAAGAAAAACGCAUUUAUAGUUGUAGAUCAAAAAGGACGCGAAACUGGCGUUUGGACAUGGGAGAAGCUGCAAUUGCGUGCAGAAAAACUGGGUCAGAUUAUAUUACGAGAGAGUGGAUUGGUUAAGGGCGACAGAGUAGCACUAAUAUAUCGUAAGAACGAAAUUCUCGAAUUUCUAGUAGCAUUAUAUGGAUGUUUCAUUGCGGGUGUAGUGGCAGUUCCCAUUAAUGCUGUUGAAGAAUUUAAAGAGUUGUUAUUCAUUCUGGACAGCACGGAAGCAAAGUUAGCACUAACGACUGAGCACAAUCACAAAGUCUUUGUGCGAGAGUUAUCAUUGCAGAACAAGGAAUUACCAACAAAUAUUGGGUGGUGGAAGACCAAUGAAUUCGGAUCAGUGAAUGUAAAAAAGGGUGAUGAGUUGGAUAGUAUUAAUUGCACAGAAUUGGCUUACAUAGAGUAUACCAAAAGCCCGAAUGGUGAGUUAAAAGGUGUCGCGAUAAGUCACAAAACCAUAAUUGCACAAUGUACUUCCAUGAGAGCAUCAGCAGUUGAUACUAGGAUCAGAGAACAAAUGAUAAAGUAUUCAAAAAUGAAGUCUGAGAAUUUUACGUUGGGAAAGAAAGGUGACGAAGGAGCAAGUGUGAACUAUGCAGACAUUGUGUUGACGUAUUUGGAACCAAGACAACAAGUUGGUUUAAUAAUAGGUGCCUUGUGGGGCGUUUAUUGUGGGAAUACCACAAUUUUCUUGGGUAGUCUUGGACCUGAUGUACCAGGCCUUUGGGUUAAUUUUAUCUUUAAAUAUCAGGUAACGAUCGCAUUGGCGGAUUACCCAGGAUUAAAUCCAAUCGUAGCAUCCUUUAAAAGUGAUCCAGGCGCAACAUUACAUUUUUACAAAAAAACGACUCCGAACCUUCAAUCCUUAAGGUUCUUAUUUAUUGAUUCGUUAACAGUUGACACAGAAUCGAACCAAAAUAUAAUUGACAACUUGCUUACCCCGCUGAACUGCAUGUAUCCAAAAGACGUGCUGACACCUUUGAGCAGUUUACCUGAACAUGGAGGCAUGAUAUUGAGCUUCGGAGAUUUGUUAGGGGUAAUGGGUUUGGAUGAGAGGAUUGAAGGGGAGAGAGGAGUUAAAGAGUUUUUGUUAGAUAGAGAAACCCUAAAGGAGAACAAAGUUAUUGCCAUUGCAGAAGAAGAAAACAAAAGCAUUAAAAGCGUAAUGAAAGUUGGAGCUUUCGGAUUCGUCAUGCCUGAAGCCACGAUAGCAGUGGUGGAUCCGGAAACGACAGCGUUAUGUCUUCCCAACACUGUUGGUGAAAUUUGGGUCGACUCUCCAUCAUUAUCCGGUGGAUUUUGGUCAUUACCAAAGCUUACCGAGUUCAUCUUCCAUGCGAAGCCAAUAUUCGUGCCUGCGGAUACGAUGAAGCCCGAAUAUUUAGAACAAGAAUUUUUACGUACAGGAUUAUUAGGCGCACUGAUCAGCGGACAAUUGGUUAUAUUUGGAUUGUAUGAGCAUCGAAUACGGCAGUCGAUUGAAAGCCCACAACAAAAAGCACCUGUGAAAUUGGUAUCAUUAUACUCUGGAUCUAGAAAAUACUGUUCGGAGGAGGAUCAAUGUGUUAUGAUCGAAGUUUAUACAAACGACCAAAACCUCCCAGUUUUAAUAGCAGAAACGAAUCUGCCACUUGACCGUCUACCGAAUCUUUCCGACAACAUACAUGGUUUGCUAUAUGAAAAUCAUGGUCUCAGACUAUACUGUCUUUCACUAUGCCAACAGGGAUCAUUACCUAGAUCGUGGAAGAAUGGUAAAAAAUUGAUAAAUGCUAUCUUGUGCAAGAAGGCUUUCGAAGUCGGCAAAUUGAAUGUUAUGCAUGUUCAAACGUGGGUGGAGGAAACUAUUACAAACAUCCCCGUUGGUGAUGAUGAUGUUGCUGGAAUAUGGGGACCGGUUGCCAUGGCAGCAAGACAUGAACUUAAUAACGGAAUAACUCGGCGGCCACAAUUUUCACGCGUAGGGAGUCCGAAUGAAGUUAAAGACGAACGAACAGGACAAAACAUGCUAACAUUCCGUUCUAUUGUGGACGUUCUGCUGUGGAGAACUGAAAACAUGCCAGAUGGAGAUGCUUACAAGGUAUUGGACAUACGUGGAAAGGAGUUGGGAUUAUCAUGGAAAAAAUUAAACAAUCGUAUAGCCACCUUUGCGAACUACAUGCUUAAGAAGGGUUUAAAAUCCGGAGAUCAUGUUCUGUUGAUGUUUCCACAAGGAUUAGACUUUGUGUGCUCCGUUUAUGCGUGCAUGGUACUAGGGAUCAUCGCGAUACCUAUGGACAGGAUUGAGCAAAGCAGAGCUGGUGAAGAUAUACCAUCGAUGAUGGGAUUAAUUGAGGAUUUCAAGAUCAAUUACAUCAUAUUGAAUACUGAGACCGAGAACACAUUCAAAGGAAAGACCAUUCAAAAUUAUAUUAAAAGUCAAAACGGAGGUAUUGCGAGACUACCACAGUUUCUUAAUGUGUCAAAGGCACCUAAAUUCACAAAGUUGCUCUCCGAAGCGAAUUAUGUAAUGAGAGAAGAAUGGAUCAAUCAAAAUUGGACCGCGAUAGUCAUGUGCUAUUUUAAUGCUGAACAAAGGAGGAGUUGUGUCAAAUUGGGACAUGAUACUUUAUUGGCCCUAUGUAAGGUACAGAAGGCAACAUGUAAGUUGACCAGUAAUAAAGCAGUGUUAGGUUGCGUUCGAGGAUGCUCUGGGAUUGGAUUUGUUCACACAUGCUUACUUGGUGCAUAUCUGGGUUCGCCAACGAUCCUGAUCACACCAUACGAUUAUUCCGUGAAUCCAUUGAUCUGGUUUGAAACUCUGUCUAGAUAUAAAAUCAAAGAUUCGUAUACAACCUUCCCAAUGUUACAGCAUGCGAUUUCAUGCUUCGAAGGCGAUGCCUUUAAAUCCUUUUCACUGCAGCAUUUGAAAAACCUUAUGUUGCCAAUAGAAUCUAGACCAAAUGUUAACUUAUUUAAGCAGGUUAUUAAAACAUUUUUGCCGAACCGAUUGGAUGAUAUGUCACUCAACUAUGUCUAUGGCAACCAAGCAAAUCCAAUGUUAACAACUCGAUCAUACAUGUGUAUUGAACCAAUAGAGCUUUACUUAGAUUUAAAAAGUUUACGAAGAGGAAUCAUAAAAAUUGUUGAUCCCGAAGAGGAACCUUUUGGAGUAUUGAUACAGGAUUGUGGAAUGGUUCCAGUAUCAACGCAAAUAGUCAUAGUUCAUCCGGAGACCCGCCGACCGUGUCUGACAAAUGAAUUCGGAGAAAUUUGGGUAUCAUCCGAUGCUAAUGCAAAAUCCUCAUAUGGAUCGAAUGACCCGUUAGAACGUGAAAGAUUUUCGGCACGAGUUGACGGUGGCAUCAGUUUGGGAAUUGACCCACGUACGACACAUUUGCGUACAGGAGAUUUAGGGUUUUUACACACUGUUCACAGACCAGCCGGAGAGAAUAAUACCAUGGUGGAAUUUCAAUGUUUGUUCGUCUUAGGACCUAUUGCCGAAACUUUUGAGGUGAAUGGAUUGAUGCAUUUUCCGGUUGAUAUCGAAUUCACGGUGGAGAGGUGUCACAAUAUGAGUCCUCCGAGUUUGAUUGCUCCCGACGGAUGCGUUGUAUUCCAAGCCAACAAUGAAACAGUUUGCGUGGUGGAGGUGCGCUCAACGGAAGGAAUACUGAAUUUGGUGCCAUGCAUCCUAAAUACAAUUUUGGAUGAACAUCAAUUUAUUAUUGAUGUAAUAGUAUUCAUUGUUCAGGGCUCACUGCCGAAGUCGAGGUUGGGUGAAAAGCAACGUGCAAAAGUCAUGUCAAACUGGAUAAGCGGUCAUUUGCCGACACUAUAUGUUCACCAUGUAAAACAAACCAAAUACGUACAAGAACAUCAUGUUACGGCAAAUUUUCUUUCAUCUUAUAUUAACGACAUAACACUACAUGAUGAUACAUUGCCACCGAACAAUGUAUAG